AUGCAUAAGUUUGAUGAUUACUACAUUUUUCGAGGUGCCAUAAUGCAAACCAUAACAAAAGUACCUCUAAGAGGUAGUACUUCGAGAACACCGCCAGUUCCACCACCGAAACCAAACGUUUAUCACCUACACUAUCCAAAUGUACAUAUUGCCAAAUUGGGACAAUUUCCAAGAACAAGCACUGCUUAUCAUAUCUAUUUGAUUGAAUCUUUGCACAUCUCAUCACCGAUACUGAAUUCUUUGCCUUUUCUUUUAGCCAAAAUAUCAAUGUCAAUAUAUUAUUUCAUUCAGAUAUACUUACACAGGAACAGUGGACAGCUGCCACCACCACCAGGUGAUAGCGAUACGGAUUCUGGUAUUUGCGCUGAUUCUGAUAAUCAGUUUUCCCCACGACAUCUCAAUGGACUGGUAUUUAUUGAUGAUAAAUCGAAACUUUUGCAACGUAAUUUUGAGAUUCCAAUUUACCGUGAGCAUUUGACCCCGGAAAGUGUAUGGUAA